CAGCAUGGCAGAGAAGAAGCCCUUACUGCCUGCCAAGCCCUACCUGCUGCUGCUGCUUGCUCUGCUCUGCUGAGCCACUCCAUCUGGAGCCCCCAUGGACAGCACCUGCCUCUGAGGCUGUCCUGGCUCAGCUGUCCACAGCGAUGGUGGAGAACUGGACUGCACAGGCUCACAACCUUCACAUCUGGUUUCAGGGACCAGCAUCCUUCAUCCUGGGACUGGUGGCCCUGAACAAUGGCUGAGGCCCAGGGGACCCCAUAGAGUCACACCACAGCUUCUGGGGGCCAGCAGUACUCCAGUGGACUAUGACCACCUAUCGGACCCUUCCCAAUGAUGGUGUGGACCUGGCAGCCAGCUGUGGGGCCAGGAGCACCGAUGUCCUCCCAGGGGCACACACAGGGGACUACACUUCCAUGGGAUUCUGGGCCCAGAAUGGCAGCAUGUCCCAGCCUCUUGGUGAGAGCCCAGCCACCGCUACCACCCGCCCCAGCCCCACUACCCCUGCCAUGCCCAAGAUGGGUGUGCGUGCACGGGUGGCUGACUGGCCACCCAAGCGAGAGGCCCUGAGGGAACAAAACAACCCAAGCCCCUCACAAGACACAGAUGGCGUGAAGGCCACCAAAGUGACCCAUUCCAUGAGAAGCAUACAGAAUGGACAGCCCCCUGCCAGCACCCCAGCCUCCUCAGGGUCUAAAGCCUUCCACCGAAUCUCAAGGAGAAGGUCCAAAGAUGUGGAAUUCCAGGAUGGGUGGCCACGGUCCCCCGGCAGGGCCUUCCUCCCCCUGCGGCACCGCAGCAGUAGUGAGAUCACCCUCAGCGAGUGUGAUGUAGAGGACACCGGGGAGCCUCGGGGUACCCGGCACACCAGUGGGGCACUGCCACUCUUCCGAGAAUAUGGCAGCACAUCCUCCAUUGAUGUGCAGGGUGUACCUGAGCAGAGCUUCUUUGACAUCCUUAACGAGUUCCGAAGUGAGCAACCUGAGAUCAGUGGGGCUCAGAGCCUUGGUGAGCUCCUGCAGGCAGACUCUGGGCAUGGGGCAAAGGGGGACUCCCACAAUGGGCAGCUCCCCAAGGACAGCCUCCUCCCACUGCAGCCCUUGAAGGAGAAGGAGAAGGCCCGGAAAAAGCCCACCCGGGGCCUGGGCUCUGGAGAUACUGUGGACUCAUCCAUCUUCCGCAAACUAAGGAGCUGCAAGCCCGAGGGGGAAGUCAGCCGGACCCCAGGUGAGACUGAGGAGGGUCGGAGCCCCCCAGAAGCCAGCAGGCCCUGGGUUUGCCAGAAGAGCUUUGCCCACUUUGAUGUGCAGAGCAUGCUGUUUGACCUCAAUGAGGCAGCUGCCAACAGGGUGUCAGUGGCCCAGAGGCGGAACACCACCACUGGGGCCUCAGCCGCCUCCGCUGCCUCAACCAUGGCAUCCCUCACAGCAUCGAGGGCCCACAACCUUGGGGGCCUGGACCCAGCCUUCACCAGCACUGAGGACUUGAACUGCAAAGAGAACCUCGAGCAGGACCUGGGAGAUGACAACAGCAAUGACCUGCUGCUCAGCUGUCCACACUUCCGAAACGAGAUCGGCGGGGAAUGUGAGCGCAAUGUAAGCUUCUCCCGGGCCUCGGCGGGCUCCCCAGGCGAGGGCCACCUGGCUGAGCCUGCCCUGAGCACCUACCGCACCAAUGCCAGCAUCUCGGUGCUAGAGGUGCCCAAGGAGCAGCAAAGGACGCAGAACCGGCCCCGGCAGUACAGCAUUGAGCAUGUGGACCUGGGUGCCCGCUACUACCAGGACUACUUCGUAGGCAAAGAGCACGCCAAUUAUUUUGGCGUGGACGAGAAGCUGGGGCCAGUGGCUGUGAGCAUCAAGCGGGAGAAACUGGAAGACCACAAGGACCAUGGACCUCAGUACCAGUACAGGAUCAUCUUCCGGACUCGUGAGCUCAUCACCCUGCGGGGCUCCAUCCUGGAGGAUGCCACGCCCACGGCCACCAAGCACGGCACUGGACGGGGCCUGCCUCUGAAGGACGCCCUAGAGUAUGUCAUUCCCGAGCUCAACAUCCAUUGCCUACGCCUGGCACUCAACACUCCCAAGGUGACAGAACAGCUGCUGAAACUGGACGAGCAAGGGCUAUGCCGGAAGCACAAGGUGGGCAUCCUAUACUGCAAAGCCGGCCAGAGCUCUGAGGAGGAGAUGUACAACAACGAAGAGGCCGGUCCAGCCUUCGAGGAGUUCCUUGAGCUCCUGGGCGAGAAGGUCUGCCUGAAGGGUUUCACCAAGUACGCUGCCCAGCUCGAUGUCAAGACCGAUUCCACGGGCACCCACUCCCUCUACACAACGUACCAGGACUACGAGAUCAUGUUCCACGUCUCCACGCUGCUCCCAUACACACCCAACAACAGGCAGCAGCUGCUGAGGAAGAGGCACAUAGGGAAUGACAUCGUGACGAUCAUCUUCCAGGAGCCAGGGGCGCUGCCUUUCACUCCCAAGAACAUCCGUUCCCAUUUUCAGCAUGUCUUCAUCAUCGUCCGAGUGCACAACCCCUGCACUGAGAAUGUCUGCUACAGCAUGGCUGUGACCCGAUCCAAAGAUGCUCCUCCUUUUGGCCCCCCCAUCCCCAGUGGGACUACAUUCCGCAAAUCUGAUGUCUUCAGAGACUUCUUGCUGGCCAAGGUGAUUAACGCUGAGAAUGCUGCACACAAGUCUGACAAGUUCCACACCAUGGCCACCAGGACCCGCCAGGAGUACCUCAAGGACCUGGCUGAAAACUGUGUCUCCAACACCCCCAUUGACUCCACUGGCAAAUUCAACCUCAUCUCGCUGACCUCCAAGAAGAAGGAGAAAACAAAGGCCCGGGCAGGCGCAGAACAACACAGUGCGGGGGCCAUCGCCUGGCGGGUGGCUGCUCAGGACUACACACAGGGGGUGGAAAUCGACUGUAUUUUGGGAAUUUCCAAUGAGUUUGUGGUGCUCCUGGACCUACGCACUAAGGAGGUGGUAUUCAACUGCUACUGUGGGGAUGUCAUUGGCUGGACCCCAGACUCCUCGACCCUGAAAAUCUUUUAUGGCCGAGGGGACCAUAUCUUUGUGCAGGCUGCAGAGGGUUCUGUGGAAGACAUAAGGGAAAUUGUCCAGAGACUAAAGGUGAUGACCAACGGCUGGGAGACAGUGGACAUGACCCUGCGGCGCAACGGACUGGGGCAGCUGGGCUUCCACGUGAAAUAUGAUGGCACAGUGGCCGAGGUAGAGGACUAUGGCUUCGCCUGGCAGGCUGGCCUCCGACAGGGCAGCCGGCUAGUGGAGAUCUGCAAGGUGGCUGUGGUCACACUGACCCAUGACCAGAUGAUCGAUCUGCUACGCACUUCUGUCACCGUGAAAGUGGUCAUCAUCCCACCUUUUGAGGACGGCACACCCCGAAGGGGCUGGCCAGAGACCUAUGAAAUGAGUACCUCGGAGCCCAAGACUGAGCCGGAGAGCAUCACCCCUGGGGGCCGGCCCCCCUACCGCAGCAAUGCCCCCUGGCAGUGGAGUGGGCCUGCCUCCCACAACUCUCUACCAGCCUCCAAGUGGGUUGCCCCAGCCACCCCAGGACACGCCCAGUCUCUCAGUCGACCGGCAAAACAGACCCCCAUGGUCCCCUUUCGUGAAUCCCAGCCACUGCACAGCAAGAGGCCUGUGAGCUUCCCAGAAACCCCUUACACAGCAUCACCAGCAGGGGCCGACAGAGUCCCUCCCUACCGACAGCCUUCUGGGAGCUUCUCCACCCCGGGUUCUGCCACCUACGCAAGAUACAAGCCAUCCCCUGAAAGGUACGCGGCUGCCCCACAUCCUCUGCUGUCCUUUGAUCCCCACUUCAGCCACGAUGGGAUGUCCAGCGGUGACUCCUCCUCCGGUGGCCUGACCAGCCAGGAGAGUACCAUGGAGCGCCAGAAGCCAGAACCUCUGUGGCAUGUGCCCGCCCAGGCCCGGCUCUCGGCCAUGACUGGAAGCAGUGGGAGCAAGCACAUCCCCAGGCAGGAUGCAGCAGGCAAAGAUUCCCCCAACAGGCAUUCCAAAGGUGAACCUCAGUACUCGAGCCAUUCCAGCAGCAAUACCCUCUCCAGCAACGCCUCCAGCAGCCACAGUGAUGACCGCUGGUUCGACCCUCUGGACCCCCUGGAGCCAGAGCAGGACCCCCUCUCCAAGGGCGGCUCCAGCGACAGCGGCAUUGACACCACCCUCUACACCUCCAGCCCCAGCUGCAUGUCCCUGGCCAAGGCGCCUAGGCCUGCCAAGUCUCACAAGCCCCCAGGAAGCAUCGGCCUUUGUGGUGGGGGACGCGAGGCUGCUGGGAGGCCCCACCACACAGACAGGCGGCGGGAGGUCUCCCCAGCCCCUGUGGUUGCCGGACAGAGCAAGGGCUAUCGACCAAAGCUGUACUCCUCAGGCUCCAGCACCCCUACUGGUCUGGCAGGGGGCAGCCGGGACCUGCCGAGGCAGCCCAGUGACAUGGGCUCCCGGGCUGGCUACCCUGCUCAGGUUUACAAAAUGGCCAGCGCAGAGACUCCUCGGCCCUCCCAGCUGGCCCAGUCCGGCCCUUUCCAGCUCUCCACCUCCGUCCCCAAGUCCUUCUUCUCCAAGCAGCCUGUGCGCAAUAAGCACCCAGCAGGGUGGAAGAGGAUGGACGAGCCCCCGCCACGACCACUGCCCUUCACUGACCCCAAGAAGCAGGUGGACGCCAGCACAAAAAAUGUCUUUGGGCAGCCGCGGUUGAGGGCAUCCCUGCGUGAUCUGCGUUCCCCGCGGAAGAACUACAAGUCCACUAUCGAGGACGACCUGAAGAAACUCAUCAUCAUGGACAACCUGGGGCCAGAGCAAGAGAGGGACACAGGGCAGUCUCCCCAGAAGAGCCUGCAGCGGACGCUGUCAGAUGAGAGCCUAUGCAGCGGGCGCCGGGAACCAAGCUUUGCCAACCCUGCCAGCCUGGAGCCAGGGCUGCCCAGCGACGUGCUCUUCACCAGCACCUGCACCUUCCCCUCCAGCACACUGCCCGCCCGGCGCCAGCACCAGCACCCCCUCCCGCCUAGUGGCGGUGGCGGCAGCAGCCCUAGCACCAUCCCUGCCACUGGCAACAGCUUCCCGGAGAAGAAAUCCGCCAUCUCAGCCUCAGAGCUCUCACUGACUGAUGGACGGGACCGGCCCCUGAGGCGCCUCGACCCUGGGAUGAUGCCAUUGCCUGACACGGCCGCCGGUCUUGAGUGGUCCAGCCUGGUAAAUGCAGCCAAGGCCUACGAAGUGCAAAGAGCCGUCUCGCUCUUCUCUCUCAACGACCCCACCCUGAGCCCGGACAUCCCACCUGCACACAGUCCUGUCCACAGCCACCUGAGCCUGGAGCGGGGGGCCCCAACCCCCAGGACCACCCCUACCAUGAGUGAGGAGCCAGCCCUGGACCUGACCGGCAAGGUGUACCAACUGGAAGUCAUGCUCAAGCAGCUGCACACAGACCUGCAGAAGGAGAAGCAGGACAAGGUGGUCCUGCAGUCUGAGGUGGCCAGCCUACGGCAGAACAACCAACGACUACAGGAGGAGUCGCAGGCCGCCAGCGAGCAGCUGCGCAAGUUCGCUGAGCUUUUCAGCAGGGAGAAGAAGGAACUCUGAGGGGGAGCCCACUGGCCGCGGGCCCCUGUCCCUCUCUCCUCUGUGGGCUCCUGGUCACAGUGCCCCACAGCCCUCUGCAUGGAUGGAACCCCUUUGGCAGCACAGUCCCAGCCCAAGGGCCAGUGAGCUGGUCCUCAGCAGUGUCUGAGCUACCUGGGGUCUCUGGGACCAUGGAGCCACCUUUCAGAACGCAGCCACCCAGAGCUAUGGGAAGACAGAGCAGGCACAGGAGUCUGUGUUCAAGUCCUGCAACUCCCGGAGUCCACAGUUGUGUUGCUUCCGCAUGAAUGACAGGUGUGGCUGUGGGCCAAGCCUCUGCAUGAAAAGACAGUGCGAAACAAGCCCUUUUUCCCCUGCACCCCAGAGAGGCAGGGGCCCCAGAGGGCCACAGACCAGGGCUCCUCAGUCCCCAGUGUGCUAGCUCAGAAAGCAUGGACAUUGUCCCCUCCUCAGCCCCUUCUUCCACAAUGCAGCCAGGAGCACUUUCAUAGAGGUUAAAUUAUUUUCUUGGGGACCCCAGGAUGCAGAGAAGAAACCCCAGCAACCAGAGUCCACUGCUUUGAGAAACUCUCUUUGUACAAUCAGGACCAUUUAUAUGAUCUUUUUCUAUCAGCUCCUUUCCUGCCAGGGGCCACAGCACCUGGGCUUGGGGCCCAGAGGCCCCUCCAACUUUGAGCUACUGACCUGGCCGGCCUGACUCUGCCGGCUCUUGCUUCCCACCCCACACCCUUGGCACGACCAAGCCCUGACCAGCAGCCCCGCCUUCUCUGGGCUCCAGAAAGUGCCCCGGAGCCUGGGGACAGGGCUGGAGAACAACAGCCUUCAUCUCCUGUUUUCCUUUGUAAGACUCCCUGCCAUCUCGCAGGUCCCAGCGAGAGCAGCCCCCAGACAUGCUCACUGUGCUCCCCGGGGAACACUCACAGUGCAAACCCCAGAGAUGCUGUUCUCUAAAGGCAAUAAGGGGGAGCUCGCCAGGCAGCCAGGCUGGUGUACUACGCUGCUCACCCAGGAAACACGAGUUCUUUUUUUCUCAUUCUUUAAAAACAAACAAACAAAAAAA